UUCACUUCCCAGCUUCCAUUUUCCUAUCUUAAAAGUUAAAACUUUGAUCAUAAAACUUUGAGAAGUGCCUUAUAAAAAACACGCGUUUAUAUAAAUAAAAAGUAUACAACAGUAAUAAAAACGUGAAAUUUUUUUUAUUUUACAUUUAAAAAAAAAAAUGAGUGAUUCCGAUGAAAAUCCUGGUAGUCCAGUUCCUGAAAUUGAAACAAAAAAUGAGAAUAUAACUGCAACUUGGGAAAGUCUUGGACUUGAACCAGUACUUUGUCAAGCAUGUAGAGAUUUAAAAUGGGAAAAACCAUCACCAAUUCAGAUUGAAGCAAUUCCACAUACUCUGGCAGGUAAAGAUAUAAUUGGUAUUGCUGAAACUGGAUCUGGUAAAACAGGAGCAUUUGCAUUGCCAAUUCUAAAUGCACUAUUAGAAAAUGCACAUCGUUCUUUUGCUCUUGUUUUAACACCAACUCGAGAACUUGCAUUUCAAAUAUCUGAACAAUUUGAAGCACUUGGAUCAAGUAUUGGUGUAAAAUGUGUAGUUAUUGUUGGAGGAAUGAGCAUGGAUGAUCAAAAAUUAUUGCUUAUAAAAAAACCUCACAUAUUAAUAGCAACACCAGGUCGCCUUGUUGAUCAUCUUGAAAAUACAAAAGGUUUCGAACUUCGUUCAUUAAAAUUUCUUGUUAUGGAUGAAGCCGAUAGAAUAUUAAAUAUGGAUUUUGAAGUUGAAGUUAAUAAAAUACUUCGUAUUAUACCACGUGAACGUCGUACUCUAUUAUUUUCAGCAACCAUGACAAAAAAAGUACAAAAACUUCAACGUGCAUCACUUAAAGAUCCAGUUAAACUUCAAAUAUCAACAAAAUAUCAAACUGUUGAUAAACUUCAACAAUCAUAUUUAUUUAUUCCAUCGAAAUAUAAAGAUGUUUAUCUUGUUCAUAUACUAAAUGAAUUAGCUGGUAAUAGUUUUAUGAUAUUUUGUGGAACAUGUGUUAAUACCAUAAGAACAGCAAUGAUUUUAAGAAAAUUAGGAUUCAUGGCUGUACCAUUAAAUGGACAAAUGAAUCAAAAUAAAAGACUGGCGGCAUUGACUAAAUUUAAAGCUAAAAAUCGUUCAAUACUUAUAUCAACUGAUGUUGCUAGUAGAGGUUUGGAUAUACCACAUGUUGACAUUGUCAUUAAUUUGGAUAUACCAACUCAUAGUAAGGACUAUAUUCAUAGAGUUGGAAGAACAGCACGUGCUGGUAGAUCAGGCCGUUCAAUAACAUUUGUAACGCAGUAUGAUGUUGAACUAUAUCAAAGAAUUGAACAAUUAAUUGGUAAAAAACUUCCUCUAUAUAAAACUGAAGAAGAUGAUGUCAUGAUUUUACAAGAAAGAGUUAGUGAAGCAGAACGUAUCGUCAAAAUGGAAAUGAAAGAUAAUGAAGAUUGUAAAACUGGUAAAAGAAAAAGAUCACAAAAACAUGAUGAUGAUGAUGAUAAUGAUGAUACUGAACAAUCAUUUGGUGGUAGAAAACGUGUCAAAAGUCAUUUUAACAACAAAGGCAAGGGUAAACCUAGACGAAAAUAAUUAUUUUUAUUCUAAUAACUAAUU